AUGAAUAAGAGGAUUCGUACUCCUGUGAAGAGAAGAUUAGAAAUAAAUGAUGAAGCAGGAAUAGGGGUAUCUAGGAAUUUUCAUUCUAUAGUUGUUGAAGCGGGGGGAUAUGAGGCAUUAACAUUUGAUGAACGAGAUGUAAGGAACCACAUUGAAAAUGCUAGAAGAUUGAGGCUUGGGGUAGGAGACGUCGAAUCAAUUGCAUUUUAUUUUCAUAGGAUGCAACAAGAAAAUUCAAACUUCUACUCUGGAAUUGACUUUGAUGUAGAUGGUCGCAUCCGAAACUUGUUUUGGGUGGAUGCAAGGAGUAGGGUGGCUUAUAAAGCAUUUGGGGAUGUUGUCUCAUUUGACACGACCUAUCUUACAAACAAGUAUGAUAUGCCGUUUGCUCCGUUUGUAGGAGUUAAUCACCAUGGACAGUCAAUCUUGUUUGGUUGUGGGCUAUUAUCUAAUGAGAACACGGACACUUUUGUUUGGCUAUUCAAAGAAUGGUUGAAUUGUAUGUCAGCCACUCCUCCAAAUGCUAUUAUAACUGACCAGUGCAGAGCCAUGCAAAAUGCCAUACAGAUUGUCUUCCCAGAGGCUCAACAUCGUUGGUGUUUAUGGCAUGUAAUGAAGAAAAUUUCCGAGAAAUUGAGAGGAUAUUCCCAAUAUGAAGCCAUCAAAUUCGCUUUACAAAGUGCAGUCUAUGAUUCUUUCAGAAAAAAUGAAUUUGAUGAGGAAUGGCAAACGAUGAUUGAAAAGUUUAGCCUCCAUGACAACGAGUGGUUGGGAUACGACAAUGCAUUGAGAAGUAAGGUGGAGAAGGAGACCAAAGCAGACUUCAAAUCUCGUGACAGAUUGUAUGAUUGUUUAACGGUGUAUGAGUUUGAGAAGCAAUUUCGUGCAGCCUACACAAAUGCGAAAUUUAAAGAAGUUCAAGUAGAAUUGAAGCGACUACUAUAUUAUCAUGCGAAUCUUGUGAAGGAGGAGGGAUCCAUUUGUACCUAUCAUGUCAAGGAAGCUGUGCUUGUGGGUGAGAAAAUGAAGAAAGUUGAAUUUCUUGUUUACUUUAAUUCAACUGAAUUUGAAAUACAAUGUGUGUGUCGGUGGUUUGAGUUUAGGGGGAUCAUGUGUGCCCAUUCCCUUAGUGUGCUCAUUGAGAGGAGCAUAUAUGAGGUUCCUAAUAAGGACAUUAUGUCGAGAUGGAGAAAAGAUUUGGAAAUAGGGUACACAUGUAUUCCAACAACAUACACGAAAUCCGGGGCUGCCCUCAAUGUAAAGGUACAUGAGAACUACCACAAGACAUUGGAUGAAAUUAUAGAAAUUGCUUCCAACGAUAAUGGUAAACACAAAGCCAUUCAACUUGGGUUGAGAGAAAUCAAGGAAAGAUACUACUCGCAAGGUGCUUAG